AUGCCUGGGAGAUUAUGUCAGAGAAACGGCUGGAUCAUGACGGCGAUGGUGGCGGUUGUGGUCUCCGACGUCGGAAUGAAUACUCUGUUUAAAGCGGCGAGCUCAAAGGGAAUGAGCUCUUACGUCUUCCUCGUCUAUUCUUAUGGAAUCGGAGCUCUUCUUCUCCUUCCUUCUCCUUUCCUCACUCACAGGUCAAGAUCUCUCCCACCAUUAAAAUUCUCAGUACUCUGUAAAAUGGGACUUCUUGGGCUACUUGGCUCUCCUACUUUGGCUUCAGCUAUGAGCAAUCUCACUCCUGCUUUCACUUUCCUCUUCGCUGUUCUCUUCGGAAUGGAGAAGGUAUCUAUAAAGAAAAACAGCAGCUUAGCCAAAGUAGUGGGCACAGCAGUUUCGAUAGGUGGUGCACUCGUAGCCACUCUCUACCAUGGUCCCAUCAUGUUCGCCGCAUCUCAGCCGUCCGUUUAUCUCCCUCAGCCUCUCUCGCCACCUCCAUCACCACCGUCAAAUUCUAAUUGGGUCAUCGGCGGAGGUCUCUUGGCCCUCGAAUACACUCUCAUCGCCAUCUCUUACAUCAUCCAGACGCAUAUAAUGAGGGAGUAUCCGUCGGAAUUCGCCUUGGCACUUUCCCACAGUGUCUGCGUUUCAAUCUCUUGUGCGUUUGUUAGUAUUUUCGCGGAGAAGAACAAUCCAAGCGCGUGGAUUAUGAGAUCGAAUAUAAUGUUGAUAUGCAUCGUUGCAACGGGGAUGGUAAAUUCGACGGGGUAUGUUGUCGAGUCAUGGACGGUUCGACAUAAAGGGCCAUUGUUCCUAGCAAUGUUCAGGCCGUUGUCUAUAUUAACCGCCGUGGUACUAGGAGCGAUUUUUCUUGGCGACUCUCUCUAUCUCGGAAGUGUGAUCGGUGGAACGUUGAUAUCGAUCGGUUUUUACACGGUUAUGUGGGGAAAAGCAAAGGAGGAGAAGGUGGAUAUCGACACUCAUGUUGCGUCAUCAUCCUCGCAUUCGAUGAGAGUUCCUCUUUUGUUGAAUUACGCCGUAGAGAAACAAGUCUUAACAAAAAAAAGUAACAAACAUAUUGAGCCGGUGUAG